AUGGAAACUCUCAAAGGCAAUCUGGAGCCCGUCACGCUUUCUUACUGGCCAACCUGCAAAAAUGCGCUGACUUGGUCGCCCGAGGACUUGGCAGUCGCUGCAGGUGAGCUGGUGCAUAUCCUAACUCCUCGCGAUGCAUCCCGAUCUCUGGGUGAUCCAGGACACAAGCAGUGGCACACGUUUACUCUCCGUGUCAACCAGUUCGAGUCGUCCGAAUGGCCCUUGCAACAACUCGCCACCAUUACUCAGUUUUCCAUCGGGGAGGAACUGUCCGAGUCUACGGUUGUGUCGCUGUCUUGGUCUCCGUCCGGCUUGGGUAUUUAUAGAAGAAGUGUGCUUGCUAUUUUAACGUCAAAUCUCAUCCUCUCGCUCUGGGAGUCUAAUGGCAGACUUGGGGUUUGGCAGCGAACGGCGAUUGUCAAUCAGUAUCUUCCUCGUGUUGAAGCAGCCGAUAGUUCCAGACGAAAACAACGAGUUCGCGCCUUCCACUGGCUGCCGGCGCUAUCGCUUUCUGCGGGAUCCAGGUGGGGCUCUCAGCUUCUUGCUGUGGCCGAUGAUGAUUUCACGGUCUUGUUCUUUCGGCUGUGGAAGACCAACCUCACCGCAUAUGGAGAUUGGUCAUGCAAGCUUCUUGCGCAGUACAAGAUCCCCGAUCUAAAGCACUUGGAUGCAAGAGCCAUGAAGAGGCUCGGUCUGCGAACAAUUCUAGCCCAAUCCUCACCAAUCUCGAGUUUGGAGACGGGUAAAUGGCGAUUCAUGGCUGAGCCAAGUAAGCAUUCUGGUUCAGCGGCUGUGGAUCUCAAGGUAAGCUUUGGCCAGUGCAGUGAAGCCAAAUAUCUGUCUGUACAGGUCAAUUGGAUGGACGAAGGCAACGACAACAACCGACAUGAGAUGGAGCUUUCAAUUACACCUUUAAGGUCAGAGUCGAGCUUCUUUCCCUUGGAAAUGCCCACCCAGAGCCAGUUUGAUUCUGCAAUCCAGAAGGCCCGUUCAGAUUUCGACCGCAGCUUCGGGCUAGGGGGAAGAAUUCGCGUCAAUUAUUGGGGUACUGAAUUCUCUCCUGACCAGACCAUUGCCGCCGCAUGCAUCUCGCUACACCCUUCAGACAUGAUUGAGUACGGCGCCCCUUCAGCCCAACGAACAACAGUAGUGUUCGCGCGCAUGCACGAGCCACUGGUGUCGGAAAUCACACAAAAAGCUCCAUCAGAGGUGCAGAAAGGCAUCCUUGAGUUUGUGAGGGAUUCGCCACUUGAUUUGGUGAAAACAGACCUGGAUAAACAUAUUGUGCGGACCGCUGCUGCCCUGAUCAAACUACAUUUCAACAGUGUCUCGCCUCUCACGCACUGGGCAGAUGAUGUGCUGAAUCUGCUUCCGACAAAUGUUUCCGGCCAAGUUCACCAACACAUAGAUCAGCGAGCGGCUCAUAAUCACACGGGCCCCAUGGCGGCUGCCGAAUCUGGAGGUGAAAAUACCGUUUUAGCUGAUGAGGUUUGCGAGCUCUGCGGUGAUAUCAUUCCAUUUUCAGCAGACCCAAGUCAAGCCAAAUGCAAUCGGGGGCACCAGUUCACCCGGUGCAGUCUUUCCUUCGUUGCCGUUCAAGAGCCUGGAAUUUCUGUUUAUUGUUCUAAAUGCGGUAGGCAAUUCCUCGACCCUGGCAAGCUGGAACGCGCCGACGGUCCAAGCUUGAGUCAAGCGCUAUUUGACCACUUCGAUGUCUGCCCGUACUGCCAAGGCAAGUUUCGGGGCUGA